AUGAAGGACAAAUCCAAGACUGCCGCCAAGACGAGACGGGAAAAGGAAAACAGUGAAUUUUACGAGCUGGCGAAAAUGUUACCUUUGCCCUCUGCCAUCACGUCUCAGCUCGAUAAAGCCUCUAUCAUACGACUGACAACCAGCUACUUGAAAAUGAGAAUUGUUUUCCCUGAUGGUUUAGGGGAAGCAUGGGGUCACACGAGGCAGAAGAGAUCCCUGGAGAGUGUAGGCUGUGAGCUGGGAUCCCAUCUCCUCCAGACAUUAGACGGGUUCAUAUUUGUGGUGGCCCCUGAUGGGAAAAUAAUGUACAUUUCUGAGACGGCUUCAGUUCACUUGGGUUUGUCACAGGUAGAGCUGACUGGCAGUAGUAUUUAUGAGUAUGUUCACCCAGCCGAUCAUGAUGAAAUGACAGCGGUGCUCACGACCCAUCAGCCCUAUCACUCACAUUUCCUCCAAGAAUAUGAGGUGGAGCGUUCAUUCUUCCUUCGAAUGAAAUGUGUUCUGGCAAAAAGAAAUGCUGGCCUGACGAGUGGUGGAUAUAAGGUGAUCCACUGCAGCGGGUACCUGAAGAUUCGACAGUACAGCCUGGAAAUGUCUCCCUUUGAUGGGUGCUACCAGAACGUGGGGCUGGUAGCUGUUGGCCACUCUGUGCCCCCCAGCGCAGUUACAGAAAUCAAACUACACAGCAACAUGUUCAUGUUCCGUGCCAGCCUGGACAUGCAGCUCAUCUUCUUGGACUCCAGGGUGGCAGAACUGACUGGGUAUGAACCACAGGACCUCAUUGAGAAGACCCUGUACCACCAUGUUCACAGCUGUGAUACCUUCCAUCUGCGAUGCGCGCACCAUCUGUUGCUGGUAAAGGGGCAGGUCACCACGAAAUACUACAGGUUUCUGGCAAAGCAGGGCGGGUGGGUGUGGGUGCAGAGCUACGCCACCAUCGUGCACAAUAACCGCUCAUCCAGACCCCACUGCAUCGUCAGCGUCAACUAUGUUCUGACGGACACUGAAUAUAAAGGUCUGCAGCUGUCUCUGGACCAGUUGACAUCGAAGAAGCCAUCAUUCUCUUAUACCAGCAAUGACACCACAAUCACAGAUAUCAGAAAAGGAAACAAAUCUCGCAUAACACGUGCAAAGACCAAGGCCAGAAUGUCUCCGUACCCACAGUGCUCUAGCUUCCACACAGAACGGUCAGAGUCAGACCCGGACAGCCAAUGGGGCGGGAGUCCUUUAGCAGACUCCGCCUCUCCACAGCAGCUGGAUUAUGGGGAGGGCCCUGACACAUCGUGUGCCUACAGACAGUACCCAGAACCCGGUUCACUCUGUUACGGCCCACUCCUCUCCGAGGACUGCCCCACCCAUCCACAUACACAAGGGCAAGCCUGUGACCGGGGCCACUGUGAGGCCAGCAGGUAUACCCUGGGUACACCUCCAGGAGGACGAGAGGUCUGGAAAGGCGCAGCAUGCUCGGUCCUGUCCCCUCCCAAAUCCUUGCCUGAGAACGGCAAGGCCUACGAGGGCAGUAUGCCACACGUCACAUCCGUCCACAGUGUCCUCGGUGAGGGCCACUGGGACGAUGAGAGUGUGGUCAGCUCACCAGACAGAGGUUCGGCCAGCGACCCCGGGGACCGCUACCAUUUCAAGGAUAGCCCACAGGAGCCCAGCAAAAUCGAGACGCUUAUCCGGGCAACCCAGCAGAUGAUUAAAGAGGAGGAGAGCCGUCAGCUAGGCAAGGUGCUCCCGGACCAUUUGGAGCACACCAUUACCCUCCCCAAAGGGCACGGCCGAAGUUAUACCACCCAGUUUCCGCAAGCAGGGCUGUCAGGCCUGGGGAAUCGCAGGACUGAGGUCGAGCUUGCGGGGGAGUGCCUGCAUCACCGCGACGGAAAGAUGGUCAGUCCCCAUGAGGACGACUCCAGCCCCGCCUCCCUGUCCCGCAUCAGCAGCCCCGGCUCCGAUAGGAUGUCAGUGUCAGGCGUGUCCCUCGCCAAGGAAUACCUGCCCGCGGACCUGUCCCCUCUCUGUGCCCCCUCCCCCGUGCUCUGCUCCUCCCGCUACAGACAGUGCCUGGGCAAGCACGCGGCGUACUCGCUCACGGGUUACACCCUGGAGCACCUGUACAAUACCGAGAGCCUCAGAAGUUACGCUUUGAGCUGCCCCAGCACCCACUGUGAUGUCACUUCGCACCUGUGCCUGCAGCCCGACCAGUCAGGGGUGCACAAGAGCGCUUCUGUCAUCAUCACUAAUGGAAGCUGA